CCGACGAGGACGUGCUGUACUCGCCAUUGGCAAAUAUCAAAUCCUAACGCCAGGAUAAGGCGCGUCCAAGGCGUACAUUCUAUUUCUCUACACUAUCCUAUUAUUCGUCACUAGUUGUAUCCUAACCUAUCCAUAUAUUAUCAACUAUGCUAGCCAACGAAGGGUCUUCAGUCUCUAGGCCUCGUCCUCCAGCCCAGAUGCGCCGUUCACAUUCCAUGUUCAACCAGAAAGGUUCUCCACCUCCGCCAUAUGCCUCCUCGUUCGUGUUUCCUUCACAGAAGAAACUAUCUCGGUCCUCGUCAAAUACCUUGCUAGGAUCUCCCGUCUCUGCGACUUUCAGGAGGAUAGAACGCGAGGCGGGGAAAGCAGUAGCUGAGGAGGAUAAUAUGGACUGGUUGAACGAAAAGUCACGAGAGGAACUGUCGGGUCUGUUGUUGAAAGCGGAUGAUAUCAUUAAGAAGCGUGAAACGGAACUUGAACGCACAUCUUCUCUCUGCAAGAGCCUUUAUGAUGAUAACGUAUCCUUAAAGUCCAAACAUCAAGACCUCUUCGCUCGUUUUCCAGGCAGCCUGUCACCCGCUGCAUCGUCUUCGCCGUCACCUACCCCUCUUCAAUCGCCACAUCUUUACACCAAUAGUAUCUCGCGUUCAGCCUCUGCGCAGUCGUCUAAAUCUAAUUUUUAUUCUACUCCCCAAACUGAUCAACCUCGGCGCCGUGUUCGCAAAGUUUCCGUGCGUCUGGACGAUAUCAGCUUACUUGCCGAUCAGAAUGAUGAGCUGCUCCAGAAAAUCGAGCGUCUCGAGACAGAGGCUGCAAGUGCGGACCUGGCGGGCAGGCGGAUGCUCAGGAGGCUGGAGAAGGAGAUUUCUCAAUUGAGAGAGGAUCUUGAGAAGACUCAAGCGCGGAGUCAGGAAUUUGAGGAGAAGGCUGAGAGGAUGGCUCCAAUAGAGGCUGCUUGGCGACGGAAACUGGAACAAGAGGCCAAGGCGGAAGCUUCUCAUUCAAAGUCGGAGAUCUCAGAAGAGGAAGAAGAGAUCAGGGACUUUGCCCCGGGUGGAAUCCUCUCACGGCCUUCAACAUCGUCCAUUCCGGAUGUCAUACCUUCGGAGGGGACUACGCCCCAAAUUACAGCUUUAUGUGAUGCAUUCACUGGUCUGGCUUUCUCAUCGGUCUCUCCUCCCUCUGAGGACUCCACAACGCAAGCUCAGGAACCUCAAGCUCGAAUUGAGCCUGAACUUGCUAUCGUCUCUCAGCUACUGGCCAAAAUUCAAGAGCUGGAAGAGGCUAAUCUCCGGAUAAUACGCCAACAAUCAGAAACGGCGAACAAGCUCAUUGCCGUCCAGCAGGAGACAGAGAACAUGAGUAAGGUAUACGAGUCGCUGAAUGAUUCGAAAUUGGAGUUUAUGGAGGGUAGCGAUACCACUUCGGAGAAGCCACGGUUAUCAGACGACAGCACUAUCCGAUUCAAGAGCUUCAGGAAGUCGUUAGAAGGGGACAUUAGGCGGCCUACUACAGACGAUUCCUUCAUAAACAUGGCAGGCACCCACAAGUCCCGCAAGUCUGUCAUGGGCCUCUUCGAGUCGCCGGAGAGAUUACCCACAGAAACAUCCUCUCCCUACAAGUCGAAGGGGCUCACCACGCCCUUCAAGACGCCGUUGCGCCAUCAUCAACACUCUUGGUCUACGGAAAGCGACGUGCAUUCCCCAACGCUUUCUUCUGUUCAUUUCUCUUCUUCCGCCUGCUCCACCCCCCCGCAAGGCUCCGGAGAAUUAUCUCCCUCACCUUUCUUUGAGGACACCCUUCAGAAUGAACUAGGCAGUCAAUUUGGCGAUGACUGGGGUUUGAAUACAGGCUUCCACCACCUGCGCUCGAGUAGCAUAUACGACCUCAGUCAGAUUUCUGCUCCCCCUUCGCCCUCACCUGUACCCCAUAAUUUCAGUUCACUAUACUCCGCCGAUCUAGACGCGUCGAGUAGGGAGCACAUACACCAAACGCCAGUGGCGUCUAUGAGGGGUGGCAGUAUCUUGCAGUUAACCCUAGAACCUCCUACUCCAGACAAGAACGAAGACGAAGGCCCUGCUUUGCGUAGAAAGCGGUCGCGAUUGAUGUCGCAGACCAUACGUUCUCGUACGACGCGCUGGGUUAACGGGCGGUUUACUGAUAAGGUGCUAAGCCCUCCGAGUUCAGCAGCCCAGCUACAUCCGGAGGUCCCACACAUUGAGGAGCCGGAGCAGGUGGCGGAGCAGGAAACAGAUGUGGAAACGACGCCGCGCGCGGAUCGACGAAAGUCUCUUCUGGUGGCGUUUGUUCCUAUGCCUCGUAGACUGUCCCGCGCCCUCGACACUGUGGUCACGAAGUUCGCUGGUCAUGCGCGAGCUACUGAGGAGGAGUUUGAAGGCUCGAUGUUACAACGUGAAACAUCACCACCAGAGCAAGAUCGAAUGGAACUCCACGUUGACAAGGCCACAGUCACUGAGAAGUCGAAAGGCUUCACUGGCAUUUUGAUAGAGGUGUGGAUGUGGCUGCAGUUUGCUAUCAUCAUUUUGGUGUUUUUGUUUGCGAUGGCGAAGAAGGGGCCCAAAACUAUCAUCGGGGACGCUGAGAGGCGGGUGGUGAGGAGCUGAGUCGGAGCUGAGCAUGGUUGUUUUCUUGAUUGAUUACCAGAACAUUGGCACCAUAGUGUUACCACAUUCGUUUUUACUUAUUUCU